UUAUUAAGCAACCAAGCCAUUGAUCAUUAGAGGAGAAAACAAAGCAAUGUUUGAAUGUGUUCAAACCAUCAUCUUUUUUGGAGUUUUCUUUGCAUAUUUGCUUCAAUUUUCUUCUGCUUCUGUUGUUUCAACUGGGGACUAUAAUAAGGAUUUCUUCGUUACGUGGUCUCCUUCCCACGUAAACACUUCGGUCGAUGGCCGAGCAAGAAACUUGAAGCUUGAUAAUUAUUCAGGAGCUGGUUUUGCAUCAAAUGAGAUGUUCUUAUUUGGUCAAAUGGACAUGAAGAUCAAGCUAGUUCCAGGCCAUUCUGCUGGCAUAGUUGUGGCCUAUUAUCUGACGUCCGAUCAACCAAACCACGACGAAAUCGACUUCGAGUUCCUUGGUAAUGUGGAAGGGCAGCCAAUUAUUCUUCAAACUAAUAUCUUUGCUGAUGGGUUUGAUGAUAGGGAAGAAAGGAUUAAUUUGUGGUUUGAUCCAACAAAAGACUUCCACACAUACUCAAUUCUGUGGAACCUUUACCAAAUUGUGUUCAUGGUGGAUUGGGUGCCAAUCAGGGUAUACAGAAACCAUGCAGACAAAGGGGUGGGGUACCCAAGGUGGCAACCAAUGAGCCUAAAAGUGAGCCUAUGGGACGGUAGCAGCUGGGCAACAAGGGGUGGAAAGGACAAAAUUAAUUGGUCAAAAGGGCCUUUUAUUGCUUCUUUUGGGGACUAUAAGCUUGAUGCUUGUACUUGGAGAGGCAAUGCAAGGUUUUGCAGAGGAGAAAUUUCAAGCAAAAAUUGGUGGAAUUUGCCCAAAUACAACACUUUAUCAUCUUCUCAAAGAAGGCUCUUCAAAUGGGUCAGAAAGAACCAUUUGGUUUAUGAUUAUUGCCAAGACAAUUCGAGGUUCCAUAACCAACUUCCUAAGGAAUGUUCUCUUCCGAAAUACUAAAUCAGUCCGAUCAAACCCCACACCAUUUUUCUUCCUUUUUUUUUUUUUUUUGUUCCGAUCGAGUUUUUUAUAGCCUGAAGCCAACAAAUUUCUUAUGAAUGGACAAAAUACUAUGCAUUAAACUAUUUAUUAAAAUCUUAAUGUUUAAUAUAGUUUCUUGAUCUA